AUGAUGUUUAACUCGCAUUUAUCGGAAACGUUCACCAACGAGUGUAUGUUAAAUUUUAUAAACAAUUACGGAUUUUCGUACGUCGACAACGCCGACGAAGAAGUCAAAGACCUAAAAUGCUCCGCUGAGCAGUUUUCUGUAUCACGGACCGCGACGAUGUCUAAACCGAUUACUAUUACUACCAAUACGGCGAAUACAGUGAUGUCGACGACUGUGGCGGCUGAGAUAACCACGACGGCGACGACGGCGCCUGCGCAAGUGGAAACUGUUUCAGUUUGUGUUUACGACAUAAAAGAGAUUAACGAGAACGGCGACGACGACGACGACGCGACGUGUUACGAAAACGAUAUCCGUGCCGAAUCAACAGAAUCCGCUCCGUCGGCUCGGGCGGUCUCCGGCAAGACAAAAACUCGCGGAAAAAAAACCAAACCGACCGAUAACGCGGACGGUUAUAUAGAAUCAAAAAAUAACCGUCGUGCAGAUAGCAAAAAAAUGUUUAAAUUAAAUCUCAAACCUAAAAAUUGCCUAGACGACCUGGUCACGGUCUCGACGACGCAGGACGCGGAAUGCGACAAAACAAAGAAGCGAGCGAAAUCAGCCGUUCACAAAGCGUGCUUGGUGCUGGUGGACUGCAUUAAAUUCGAUCCGAAAAAAUAUAACAUAUACGAAAUCGAGAGUUCCGAAAUGGUGCUGCUACACCUUAUGACCGGCUACAGUGUUGAAGAGUUAACUUGGUCUGACGUCGUGCGGAAAAUAAAUGAAUUGAAAUUCGAAAAAAAUACGUCUGAAAUAAUAUCCAAGUAUUUCUCAAAGUACGCAAUGUACAAAUUGAUGGUGGCUCUCAGGAAAUUAAAACGGACAAAGUACUUGGACCGAUUGGCUCGUAAACGCGGACACGAUGGAGAUGCGGUUUGGAGUACUCCGUCGUCGGUCAAAAACGCCGUUCUCGACGAUACUAAAACAACGGGCGCUUGCAGCAAACAGGAUCUGGGAUAUUAUACAAAAUCGUUUAAACCAAUGUUUGUAUGCAAAGAAAUCGAUUGUAACGUUCGACUGUUGAAACACUUUGACGUUGACAGUUUGUAA